AUGGAAAGUGAUAAGAAUACAUCUACUUCAUCAACAACAACAGAUGGAGGUGUAGUUCAUAACAAUCAUGGUACUACAACAACAACAACAACUACAAAGAAGAGGAAGGAUAGGAAGGAGAAGAAAGGCAUUCCUAUAGACUUUAGUGUGCCUCUAAGAGAACAACCAACAGAGGAGGAGAGUGCUGCGCAUACCAAAUGUAUGUUCUGGAUGGUCAUCAAGAUGAAACAUCGUGCUCUCUUCUGUAAUCAACCUAGAGCAAAGGGAUCAACAUUCUGCACACAUCAUCGUCCUCUCGAUGAAUGUUCAAACACAGACGACCCGACAAAGAAGCGCAUUCCCUGUCCACUCAAUCCAGCACAUAUAAUAUACGAAAGCAAGUUGAAGAAACACUUGAAAGGAUGCCCAAACGCAAAGGAGACUCAAUCGAAUGCACAUAUCACUCGAUCAGUGUCACAAGUGUACUACAAUGAGAACCUCAAUGGAUUGGCACCAAAGUUCAAUGACACACCUCUUUCACAUAUAUCCACUGAGCAGUUGAAUGCCAUGGCCAAUAAGUUGGACACUCUAUUCGCCACACUCUUCCCCACUGGAAUCAAGGUCAACGACAAUCAACAUGAAUCACUCGAGAAGAUAUUCAGCGAGAAUGUAAACUCUAAACGAAAGCUGAAACACAUUCAACAAGAGUCAUCCAUACUCUCAGUGCUUCAAAUGGAGAACCUUCUUGAGAAGGACAACAUAUUCCUAGAGUUUGGUGCAGGCACUGGUAAGCUAGGUUAUCAUGUGUUCCAGGCAUUGGACAAAUCAUCUGGACACAUUAUGAUAGAUAGGAUGAAGUUCAAGUCUCUAAAGAAGUCUGAUAGAAUGAUCAAGAAUGAGAAGGAUUGCAAGUACUUUGAUCGAUUCUUAAUCGAUAUUAGACACUUGGAUCUCUCCAAAGUUGAGCAGUUGGAGAAAUCAAACUUUGUCAUUAUCAGCAAACAUCUAUGUGGAUGUGCUACCGACUUCACAUUGAGAUGCUUGGCCAACUCGAUAACAAACAAUGAGAAACUAAGACAAACCUUUGCUGGAAUUGGUAUUGCAACCUGUUGCCAUCAUGUUUGCACAUUGGAUUCAUAUAUUAAUCCAAAGUAUGUCAAUGAUGUACUUCAAUUGACACCAGAUGAGUUCCAAUUGUUGUGCUCAAUUACAAGUUGGGCAUCCAUUGAACCAAACAAGAAGAAAUCAAAGAAGGCAAAGCUUGAUGGAGGUGCAGAGGACAAUGAUGAUGACCAGUGUCCAGAGGUCAAACAGGAAAUGGAGGCGAUCAAACAACAGACUCUAAACAGUCUGGUCAACUAUGACAGCGUAUUCGAAACGACAAGGAAAGAAGAACUUGGAUACAAGGCUAAAAGACUAAUUGACUAUGGUCGCUAUCUAUUCAUUAGGGACACUCUAUUGUUGGAGCCAACACUUCAGUUAUACACUCAACACUCCAAAGAGAAUAUGUUUAUCUCUGCCACCACCAAGAAUAAGCCAUUAAUAAACUGA